UGACUGGGUCAAUUAAAGAAAGUGACCCAGCAUUUUGCUAAGAGAAUCAGUCACUUAUUUAUGUUGCCCUUAGUUAGGACACCAUAAAACUGGUGACAGGUUCCCUUUAAGAUAAAGUUGUUCCUGUUUGGUCUUUAAUUUGUGGGCGUUACAGAGAUGAUUUAAGUCAAAAUUAAAAGCGCUCUAUCAUUCUUUCUAUUCUAUGCCUCAAAUCCUCAACAUGGACAUUGUAGUUUGUAAUAAUAGAAAAUAUGUAGAUUGUAAUAUGCUUUCUGGUUACAUUUUGGUGAGUUUUAACUUCAUUUUAGAUUUUUACAGAUCCACAGGGAAGUAGUCAACCGCCUUGAGGAGGACCACUGCAGGAGGGACUAUGCUGCCGGCAAUGAGAGCUGUGUGCUGUCUUCGCUUGGGUCGGUGCAUGAGUCAGGCAGCCAUUGGAGGUCCCAGUAGGGAGCAGCGCUUCAUGACACAGUGUGGGCAUGACUGCCAUUAACCGUCUGGCAUGGAGGCUGAAUGUCGCUGACCAGUGGAAGACGGACCGACGAACAGGAGCAGAUCUCGUCACCACCCAGCUGGACGGCGUUCAUCUAGUUUUGAUAAAACCCCGUCAGUUUAUGAAUGUUAAUGGGACGAGUGUGGCUAAUGCAGCUAGAAAGUUCCACCGGAGCCCUGAGAAUAUCUAUCUAUUACAUGAAAAGCUGGACAAACCUCUAGGGAAGGUGACCCUGAAGCUUGGAGCGAGCGCGAGGGGCCACAAUGGGGUCCGUUCCUGCAUUGACCACCUGAAAUCAGGUGUAAGUUCUUCAGCAGAUGCCUCCCACCCUCAGUCCCUUCAAGCAUGGCCACAGGGCUUCUGUAAUGAAGACUAUAUAUAGUCCGGGUGACAAGACAUAUGUGCUUGGACGCUUUACCAUGAGCGAGCAGGAGGCGCUGAGCCCAGUUCUGGAGAAAGGUCUAGACUUGUUACUUGGACACAUCCACAAACGGACUUGGGCUACUAGUCCUGUGGCAAAAUCUGUGCCAGUGGAAAACAGAGCAUGAUGGGAGUUAUCCUCUAGAAUAUUCAAUUCAUAGACAGCAGAGGAGAAGCCGGCUAAGGUCUAGGACCACUUGUGAAUAGAUUGUAGGGACCAGGGUCAUUUUGGUUGCAUCUCUAGUGUAAUCUUCACUACUAGACAGGGCAGGAGGAUAAGUUGUCCAAACUCACAUACCAACUACUAGGAGUGUUCCUGUGAUAUAUAUUGAUAACUGUACCUCCACCAAUCAGAUAUUGAUAGCAUCUACCAUAUCACUGGUAUGGCUUCAAUGCAUAAAGCUAGAAAACCCCUUUAACGUGUAUCUUAAUCAGUUUUUGUAAUAUAUAUAAUACCUCAGCUUGGUAAGAUAGGACUGGCCGAGGGAUUUCCCAGUCCACACCCCCCCAUCACAGAUUUUUUUCCCCUAGCCCGAGGUGAGGCCUACUGGGAUCAUCACUGGGGAAUAAAGCAGACCUCAGAAUGCCAGUCUGGGGGAAUGAAGGCUUGAGAUCUGAACUGUGGUUGUAGCUUGGUGACUGGCUGAGUGAAGCCUGAUCUACCCUGGUGUGAACAGGACUCUAUAAUUGAGACCCAGACCAGCAGGUAUUUAUUUUUGCGUUAUGUUAUGCCGUAACUUCACCUCAUCAAGUGACGCCAUAACUAGGAUGCUAAUCUGUUAUGCUGAAGUGACGAAAUAAAGGACGGUUUGGACUUUAAAACUGCAAUCUGUCAUUUCCGACACCACUGCGAGUACAGAUUCCUACAAUAUAUAUGAGCGCUUAUUAUAUAUGAGCGCUCGGUUAUACAUGCCUUAUGUGUUCAUAAUGCAAGGUGCAGAUACUACGAAUAGUAGAUCAACUGGGCAAAAGCCAUGAGCACCUUCAAGGGCAUUUUUUAUUAUUGCAUUCUACUUAUUUUGGGCUACAAAUCAUUUUUGCAUUUGGUCUUUAUUACACAUUUUCAGCAGUUUUUGUGUUACAUGGGUUAAAUUUCAGUCUGUUUGCAGACUGUCACUCUAGGUAAUGGGUAUUUAUAUUGAUGGCCUAUUCUCGGGACAGGCCAUCAAUAUCAGAUCUGACACCCCGCACCUUCACUUCCAUGGGAGCAGGGCUGCAGUGACCAGCUCCGUCCACUGCAC